UCAAACCUCAAAUACUGUGAAAACAGUAUCAUUUAUCACAUUAAUUAAUUAACUAAUAAUUAAUAUUCCCCUGUAAAAUGUUACACACUCCCUGCAGGCGAGAGCCAAAGCCAAGUCCGGGUUCACGUAAUUUUCAUUCAUACCCAACCGACCGACCAACGGUGAAACUCGUAGUGCGGCUCACACCGAAAAAUUUCAAUAUUUCAACGGCCUGGCUUAUAGAAGGCUAACCGCGCUUCUCUUUCUCUUUCACAUCCGGCUUGGCGAGCCGGAUCUGAUCCUCACCGAUUUCUUCGCGACUCGAAACCCCCACAUUUCACUUAUAUCUAUCGUCAAAAAAACAUCAGUAUCGGUUUUUGAAUUAUGAUUUUUUUUGUUGUUUACUUAUCGCAAUAUUGUGUGUGACGUACUUUAGAGGUACUAAUGUUUGUCUAAUAAUUUUAGAAGGUUAUCGAAUGUGGGCUAUUGAAAAAACAUCAACGAUACCGGAUCUAAAAUUUUUGUUGAAAGUUUUAAGUGAUUGUGUUAUCUAUUACUGGGUUUAGAUGUGUUUGCAGUUCCGUGUGCCCUUUAUUUUGGAUAUGACUGUAACCUUUGGCGAGAAAUAUGUAGACGAUAUUUGCCUGGAAGGUUGCAACCAGACCAAAACCGGCGAAGACUCCAGCUACGAUUCGGAUUGUGAAGAUCAGCAGGGACAUCAGGACGUGUCCAGAACGGCCAGCGACACUUUGGCCGCCGAAUAUGCAGAAUAUGUUCAACAGGACGUUGUCGGGAACAGUAGCCCCGGCUACAACACUAGAGUGGAGUUCGCCCUAAAGUUGGGCUACACAGAGAAACACGUCCAGGCAGCCCUACAAAAAUUGGGGCCUGCGCCGACACAAAAUGAGCUUUUAGCUGAGUUGAUCAAGUUGGGAGCGCAAAAAGGGGGAUCGUGCGAUAGUAGUCCUACGGAUAGUCUUAUUAGUGAUUUAGGAAUUUUGGAUAGGUUUGAUAUUGAAAGUACCGCUAAUCCAACUUUAUUAAGGCCCAUCGUUGUAGAUGGCAGCAAUGUAGCCAUGAGUCAUGGCAAUAAGGAAAUAUUCUCUUGUAGAGGCAUUAAGAUUUGUGUUGAUUGGUUCAAGGCUCGCGGUCAUACGGCCAUAACAGUUUUCGUGCCCAAAUGGCGCAAAGAAGCACCUCGGCCCGAUAAUCCUGUCCGAGAUCAGGAGAUUUUGGCGGAAUUGGAAAGAGAAAGACUUCUAGUAUUCACCCCCUCGCGUUUAGUGGGUGGAAAAAGGAUGGUGUGCUAUGACGACAGGUACAUUUUAAAACUAGCAGCUCAAUGUGACGGUAUUGUAGUCAGCAACGACAACUAUAGAGACUUGUGCCAGGAAAACUCUGAAUUCCGGAAAGUUGUUGAAGAACGGAUAUUGAUGUACUCGUUUGUCAAUGAUCAUUUCAUGCCCCCUGAUGAUCCUUUGGGCAGAUCCGGACCCACUUUGGAUAAUUUUUUACGGACUCAAUCCAGAAAAGGAGACGUUGCAACUGCGCCAUUGCCACCGCCUUGUCCUUACGGAAAAAAAUGUACUUAUGGAAAUAAGUGUAAAUAUCAUCAUCCGGAAAGGGGGCCGUUGCCUCAUAAAAGCGUUACUGAACGUCUCAGUGAGCAUGCUCAACGACAUUUACAAGCCAGAGAAAGUAAAGAAGGUGAUAUACGUAAAAAUCCUCUAGGCCGUACAAGGUCUAAUGUACCACCUCCAAAAGAACCCCAACAGCACGCAAUAGUAUCAAAAUCGCGCAGCGUAGACAACGUCGGCGUAUUGACCACCUCCCAUCAGUCCUACCAACCUGACCCCUUUGGUUUCCAAACAACCCCCGAAAAAGGCCCAUUUACCAGUUCCUAUCAGCAACCCUGUGGCGAAAAUUUGCACAGAAAACUGGCCAGGCAAUUGACGUUGAAUCCAGCUGGAAACGAUCCACGUUUGAUGUCCAGGCGGUACCCGAGUCCUGGAUAUUUGGGCGGGUCGACUUGGGGUGAUUUACAUCAAGGAGUCACCAGGAUUGCUAGCGCUCCGGAUUCGUAUAGGAGUCAGGCUAGUGGGUGGGCGACUUCUGGAAUGCCAACUCAACAACAAGACCAACAAUCAACGUCUCAGCAAAUGCGCCAUCACAUGCAACGCAUGUCAAGCUGUUCAGAUUCGCAAUUGAAUGUCUGGCCAUCUGGCCAAUGGAAUCCCAUGAAUCAUCCGGAAGACGCGCGUCGAAGACUCCACUAUCAUUUGGCUGCUAUUUUUCCAGAAGAACAAGUAAUGGCAGUGAUGCAGUUGUAUCCGGACGAAACAAAUGCGCAAAAAAUUUGCGCUGCCAUUUUGGCCAUGUUCCAGAAUAAAUCGUAAGUGAGUAAUUUCAAUACUAAAUAGGAAAAUUUAUAUUAAUCAACCUUCAUAUUGAAGUGAUGUCAGGUGGAUAUAUAAUUAUUAGGGCACACAAUGUUUUUUUAGCUGUCGCCACACGAAUAAUUAAUUGUUAGGAUAAUUAAUAAAUUUAGGUUUAUUUGUCUGUAUAAAGUUGACGAUACUGUGUAUCUCUAGUAAAAUUGUUGCAAUUUUUAACAUUAUUAUUAUCAUAGAUGUAUUUGCAUUAGUUGAAAAAUUAUCGAUAUUAAAUGUGGUAUGUACAUUUGAUGUCUUAAAUGUAGGCAAUUGAAUUAAUUUUACAUAUUUUCAAAUUUUUGUGGUGAUCUACAUUUAAUAGAAAAAUGAAAUCAAAAAUACUCUUAUUUUCAAGGCUGUUAAUUCAAUAAUUUUUCAGGAUAGGUAACUUUUUUUUUAUAUAUUUAUAAUAUUUAGUAAUAAUAUAUUUUACUUUUUG